AUGAAAUAUUUUCUUUCUUUGGCUAUUUCCUUAGCAUCAGCAUACCUGAAAGUCAUGAUGAGUUUCAGAGACCCACCAACACUCCAGCAGCUGGCAAGAAGAAGCCUGCUGAAAGACGAAGACUUGGCCAUCUCAACUCUAGAGGACCUGCCCAUGGAACUCUUCCCACCACUCUUCAAGGAUGCAUUUACGAGCAAACAGCCUAACAUCCUGAGGAAGAUGGUGGCAGCCUGGCCCUUCCCAUGCCUUCCUGUGGGAGCCCUGAUGGAAUCUCCUGACCUGGAGACCUUGAAAGCUCUGCUUGAUGGCCUUGAUUUGCUGAUGGCACAAAAGGAUCAACCUAGGAGGAGGAAACUACAAGUGCUUGAUUUUCGAAAUGCCCACCAUGACUUCUGGUAUGGUUGGGCUGGAAGACAGCAUAUCAUUUGCUCUCCAGAUGUCACAGACCACAACCAGGCAGUGGGAAAUCAUCCAAUCCUAGGUGGGAAACAGACCAUGACUAUAUUGAUGAAUUGUUUCCACAUGUCCCACUGUCCCUCCAAACAAGUAAAAUAUUUUUAUCAGUGGGCCAAGCAGAGGAAAGAAGUGAUACAGGUGAUCUGUCAGAAGUUAGAGUUUGGAGAGUUUCCUGCCUAUGACCCACUGGAUAUUUUGGAGGUUUUUGAUACAGGCUCAAUCCAGGAAUUGGAAAUAAACACAGGCUGUGACAUUCGCACCCUUGCAUUGCUAGCCCCUGUCCUGGGCCAGAUGAAAAACCUCCAGACACUCAUUUUCAACGAAAUCGAUGUACCCGUGAAUUUGCCUCAGGACCAAGAGAGGGAAGCCUGCUGUUUUACAGAGAUCUUUUCCCAGUUCUCCAAACUGAAUAAGCUCCAGCAUCUCUAUUUGAAUGAAGUCUUCUUCCUGAAUGGUCACCUGGACCAAGUGCUCAGGUAA